CACAAAGAUAUGUCAAUGGCUACACCGUCAGGUUCUUCCGUUAUCCACACAUUUCUCCCCGAUUGCAGAAGCUCCGCACUCAACAUCACUCGUUGCCACUUUCUCUCAGGCGCCACGCCGUGCGAAGGCGGGAGGAAACUCGCGUUGCUUCGGAAGUUGAAGAGAAAUAUAAAGAGCAGCUCGUUAGUAGUUUUCAGCAGCAACAAACGGGAAGAGAAUGCGUUGCAGUACAAUAAACUCGGAGACUCCGAUCUUCUCAUCAGCGAAAUCACUCUCGGCACUAUGACAUUCGGAGAACAGAAUACUGAGAAAGAGGCUCACGAGCAACUCAAUUACGCGUUCGAACGCGGAAUUAAUGCCCUAGACACUGCAGAAGUGUAUCCGAUUCCUAUAAAAGAGGAAACCCAAGGAAGGACAGAUGUGUACAUUGGAAACUGGCUCAAGUCUCAACCCCGAGAUAAGGUUAUUUUGGCCACAAAAGUUGCUGGUUACUCCGAGAGAUCGAGUUAUUUACGUGAAAACUCAGAGGUUGUGCGAGUUGAUGCUGCUAAUAUCAAGGAAAGUGUCGAAAAAAGUCUUAAGCGUCUCAAUACAGAUUACAUUGACUUACUCCAAAUACAUUGGCCAGACCGUUAUGUUGCAUUAUUUGGGUCAUACUUCUAUGAUCCUUCAAGAUGGAGGGAAAGCGUGUCAUUCGUUGAGCAGCUGAGAGGAUUUCAAGAACUUAUUAAUCAAGGGAAGGUGAGGUACAUUGGUGUAUCUAAUGAAACUUCAUACGGAGUUAUGGAGUUUGUUAAUGCUGCUAAAGUCGAAGGACUACCUAAAAUCGUCAGCAUCCAGAACAGCUACAGUUUGCUAGUGAGAUGCAAGUUUGAACUUGAUCUGGUUGAAGUUUGCCACCCAAACAACUGCAACAUUGGCUUGCUUGCUUAUUCUCCACUAGCAGGUGGAGCAUUAUCAGGGAAAUAUCUCGACAUUACUUCCGAAGCAGCAAAAACGGGGAGGUUUCAACUCUUCCCCGGGUAUAUGGAAAGAUACAAUAAAUCGAUUUCUAAGGAAGCUACGACAAAAUAUCUUGAAGUGGCAGAAAAACACGGACUGAGUCUCGUGGAAUUAGCUCUUGCAUUCGCGCGAGACAGAUCGUUCGUGACGAGUUCGAUAAUAGGUGCUACUUCUAUUGAACAGUUAAGACAAGAUAUUGAUGCCUUUCUUACGACCGAGCGGCCUUUGUCACCGCAAGUUGUGGCGGAUGUUGAAAAUGUCUUCAAGAGGUACAAAGAUCCAGCAAUUGAUUAAAUCCAGAGUCAUUUCACUGGGAAUUAUAUAUUAAAUUUGCUUCUGAUCUAAUCUAUGUACCAAAAAUGUUAUUACAAAUAAAUUAAACUUAAAACAAUUUUUUGC